CUUUAUUGAUACGACUUUAUUGGUUCCUUCAGCAGUAACAAUGCAAAGUGCAAAAUUUCCUCUCUGUGUCUCAGCGUUUCCUUGCUGCGCUGCAGUGGAUAGUAACACAAAGAAGAAGUUUUCGUGGUAAAAACGCCACUUGAUUUGGCUCUGCUAGUACUGAUAGUCAUAUAAGCUUAGCCUGAUAACUGAAAUUAGGAAAGGACAGAACAAUGAAUGUGGAUUUUGUUGGUUUUUACCACAAAAAAACAUUUAAAUGCAUAUAUAGGCUUGUGAAAACAACAAAAGUUAGUUUAGAGUUCUGAGAAAAUCUUCUUUACUCUUAAAGUUGGACUCAAAUUAAAUGUAUUUAAAUAUGUAUAUGUUUCAUUUACAGUAAAAUGUCCAAAAACCUGAACAUUUGUGAACAUUUGUCUUUGUAUAAUUCUCCUGUUUCCACUGUGUCGGUUGCAGUUUAACCUUUCUUAACCCACCGAACAUAAUUAUUUGUUUUAUGGAUUGUAAAAUAUUUAUACAAGGUCGUCGUUCAGCACGUGUAAACGCAGUAAUAUUUUGAAUACAUAUUUCCUUUUUGCUUAGCGAAGUGUAUUGCAUAACCAGCAUGAGAAAGGAUGUUUUUGUUUCGAGUUAUAUAAACUGUCCGAUGGCUGAUGUACGGCCAAAAAACACUUUUUCUACAUUUCACAAGUUCAAUUUUGAGUCACACAUUGUCGACCUAUGCACUGGGAGGAAAGAGUCGUGUGUUGUACAGGGUUUUAUCAUGUAUUAUGCAAGAUAUCCUGGCUAUUAAUUCUUUAUGAUAUCACUGCUGCCUUGUAUGGGUUGUGUUUUACCCCAAUUUUAAAUUACUAGAUAGUGUUAUUUGAAUAUUUUGAUUAAAGCUAACAUUGUUCUCAUGUUUCAGUUUAUUAAAAUCUCAAGUGCAACCAUGCCCAUCCUGAAGAAGCUCCCGGGAAGGUCCAAAAGCUGCCACGAGUUCCCCAGAGUGAACGGUGAACUCAUCCUGCCCCGGCUGGACUUGGACCUCAGGGACUUGAAUGAUCUCAAUGACCUGAAACUGAAUGACCUGUCGGAUCUGAACAAGAACCUGAACCCCUUUGAGGAUGUGGACCUGGAUGACGACGAGAGGAAUGGAGGUGACACGGGCCUCAUCAUGGGGGGCGGUGUCAGGGGUAACCUCCAGCUCAGAUCCACUCGAGAUGGUGAAGAGGAGGAAAAUGAGGUAAACGCAGAAAGACAUGGGGCAGGGAAUCCAAAAGGGAGGCCUCUUAAGGGAACCCUGGAGCGGAUCUGUGGAGUGUCACCCCUCAAAACCCUUGGAAAACUGGGGAAGGGUCUCCGCAUUUCGGGACGCAAUGUAUGGGGGAACAACUCUCCGAAUUACAGCCCUGGAGACUCAAACACUCUCCCACCAGAGAGGGAGAAAAGGAAAGGAAUACGCAGGGGCUCCGAAGGAAUUAUGACCCUGCUCCGCUUUACAGGUCGACGUAAGGAGGAGCGCCGAGAAAGCCUGCCCUGCGGAAACCUGUUCACAGAACCCGAGGCGGAGGCUUCCAGGCGGUCCUCCUUCCUCAGGAUGGUCAGUCUGGGCAAGCUGAAGAGGGAAUCCAUGUCAGACAAGGCGUCCCAAGAGGCCGAGGAGGAAACAGACGAGGAGGAGCCGGUGGUGAAAACCAGAGAGCCCCUCUCAGUAUUGGAGAUUCUACAGUUGGUCAACCAUAGGGAUCUUCUCCUGGCUGACACACACAUUCAGGAGCUGGAGCGAGAGUGUGAGCUGCUAUCUCACCUGCCGACUCCUCCCAACCUUACUCCGAACCUUUGCCCCAGCACCCCUCCUGGCAUGAUCCCCUUAUCAUCCUCAUCCUUGAAUGAUGAAUCUCUCAGCUCCAAUGCAACAUUGGACUCGAGCCGACGAAAGGCAAAGGAUGUGGAGCUCCUGUAUGAGGCCCUGCAGAGGGAGAUGUGGGAUGUAGUGCGUGAGUCCCUCAGACAGCCCAGUGCUGGUCCCAACCUUGGGCUGGUGGUGCUGGUGAUCCAACAGGAGGAGCAUGCUGAUGCUGCCUGGGCCCUGAGAGAGGAGAUCAAGCCAGAGCGAGAGAGCCCCCAAAUCCACGUCCAUCCCAGUCAGCGCCCCCGACGACUGAAGGCAAAGUGGAGGCAGGCUGUGGCGGAGGCUGCAGACUGGAGCCUGCCACAUCAGGUGGACACUCAGGCGGGCCAGCUGGCCUCAUACCUCGAGCGCCUGAGGAGUCGGAUGGUGGAUGACCUGGAUGCAGCAAGGAGGAAUGCUGUAUCCAUUUACCCAGAGGAGUUUGCUGCCUUCCAAGUGUAUGUGGAAAGUUACCAUCGAGCCGUGGCCAAACGUCUUCGAACAAUUACCAGCGGCCCACUGCAGAUCACAGACGUCUACUCACUACUCGACUGGUUCUACAACAUCUACAACAGGGAUGUUCUCGGAACCAUCGGCACAACCACACCAAUCAGCUAUGCUCCACUGGAACCCAUUCUGGCCCAAAACACAGUGGACAGGCUGGAACAAGACUGCAUCAGCAUUGUCAGGGAGAAGGUGACAACAGAGUUGGUUCAGAUUCUGGAUGAAGAGGAGAGGCGAUGGGCCCAAACUCUGCACAUAGAAGAGUAUCAGUCUCACCUGGCUCGCUCAGUCAUCCAGAGGGUGAAGGUGGACUUGGACAGAUCUACAUCUGUGAACCAGUUUCUAGGGGCGAGAGUGGCUCGCUGUAGUCUAAUUGGACUGGCUGACUUUCUCUACAAUUUCCAGAGGAAGGUGGAAAUGUUUCAUGAGACUCAAGCUGAAUUUGGAGACAGAGGGGACGGAUAUGUUUCGAGGACCAUAGCUCUGGUCAACUGUUGCCCUCCUCUCAGAUCCUUAGUGGAGCGCUGCAGGCAGUGUGAUCCACAAAGCAGCGAGGAGUCGGCACAGAGAGCCAACUCCUCCUUGGACAGGAUCAUCAACCAGUCAGUCAGGGUGCUGACCGACAGACUGUUUGAGCAUAUCAGGCCUUUCUUUGACAAACUGAUAAAGAGAAAGUGGCUGAACAACACGGAGGCCUUCGAGGCCAUUGAAGCCUGCAUCAAACAACACUUCAAGAAGUUCAGAAGGAUGGACUCUCCACCUUAUCAGACGCUGGUUGGCGAGGUGCACCGACGAGUCCUGGUGGAGUAUGUCCGAUCCAUCAUGCGGGGACGGGUCAUCUGUACAUCCUCAAAGAUGAGGAAGAGGAUGGCCUUCCGCCUGCAAGAUGAGGCCAAACAGCUGAAAGGACUCUUUAAGGAUCUGGAAUCAAGUUCAUCCUGGUUGGACAGCGUCAUCUGCCACCUCGCUGACAUCAUUCUCCUGGAGGACACUCCCUCCAUCCAAAUGGAAGUUGCAGUCCUGGUGAAAGAGUUUCCAGAUAUACGGAAGAAGCACGUCUCCACCCUGCUGAACGUUCGGGGGAUGAUGCGGCAGGCGGAGCGCCAGGAGAUCCUCAACAUUGUCAAAGACUUUGAAUGCAGCAAUGCCCUCAUGUGCAGGGACCACGCCCUCUUUUCCGACAUCCCCAUCACCUCGGAGGUGCACUGCAUCAGCCUGGGUUUCCUCCGCUUGGCCAUGACCGUCACCAACUGGUUCUCAGAGCACCGUCCGAGGCGAAACCACAGGGCAAGUGCCAGAAAUGCAUCAUCUCAACCUGCGGAGGGCCAGAAUGUGGAAGACGUAAAUAAACAUCACAGGGAAGACUAGCUGUCGGUGUUUGUGUUAGGAGAGCAGUCACAGACAUACUGUGAAGAUACUGAUGAGAUGUACAUGCACCUUGACCUAAAACUGAUUGUACCAAGUAUUAUUACCAGCCACUUAAAGAAACUUGACCUCAGGUACUCCUCGUACUGUACACGCUCACAGACUUAUCGGCAUUUCUCCAUCUCCAGAUGUGCAUUUUUAAUGGAAAUGUGAAACAGACUGUGUAUCAUGAUAGCUCACCGUGAUUUCUAGUAUUUUAAUGUUGAUCUACACAUCUACAGAAGUAAACAAAGUGGUAUCAAAUAUCCUCAAAAUGUAACUUCAGUCAGUUAUUCUCCGAUAUCAGAAACAUCUGCUAGCAGAUGCAAUGCAAUAUGAUGUUAUGCUGUUUAACAUGUAUUUACCCAACCAUAUAUAUACCCAUUCUCUGGUAUAUAGUCCAUAUGUAUGUGAGGAUAUAGUGUGUGGAAAUGUAAAUGUGUUGAACUCUCACUGUGAAUGAAAUGGAUCUGUUGCUGGAAACGUAAUAAAAACCCAUUGACUGGGUAGAUUAAACAGAUUUCAUAAUUCUGUACGUCAGGUGAAAAACACACCGUCACAGUUAUAUCAGCACUUAGAAUGGACGUCAUUGUGGUUUUCCGGCUACUUCUAACUUUAGGUGUUCUGGUCCCUGAACAUGGGAGUGUCAGACACUAAGUCUACAGUGAUUUUAAACAAUACAUACCAAAAGGCAGACGAGGUCCUGAGAGAGAACCAAUGCAGCCAGUACAUAUACAUACACAUUUUAUGCCUUAGUUGUUUAUCUUAAGGAUACGGCAGCUUUGUUCAGUAAACUGAAAGCUUGAAAUAUGGGGCUCCACCACGGCUACUACAUGACGCUCUGCCGGCAUACAACAAGAGGGGUCAUACACCCCGAGGCCAACAACGGGAUGUUUUUCGAUAAACGAAGAUUUCCUGUUGUCCACCGAGGUGCCAACGGAUGCUUUUAUUGGAGCCAAGUUUACGUUAUGUGCUAGGAGGGAACUUCCUCCUCUGCCGUCCAGAGUGAAGGUGCAAGCGGCCACGGAGCUUUUUCAUGUCCGAGCUGCUCGUGGGCUUCUCAAAACAAAGUCAGCCAGCCUCAGCAGGGGUCAUUCUACACGCUGACCUUUGUGAGAAUCUGAACUUAAAUGACCAGCUGGCUGAAAUGUAGAAAUAACUCCUGAGGUCUGUUGUCGAGCUGUUGAAUUUUACAGCUGUUUUUUUUUGGAUACACUGACACACAUUUAUCCAAAAAUCGUGGAAGUCUUGUCAGGUGUUUGGACAUCUCAUCAUCUCCGCAUGCCAGCGAGGCCACAUUUAAAUUUAAAUUUUCUACCAUCAUCUGGCAAACUUGAAUUAUACAUCUAACAUCUAACAUAUUUUAGUACUAAACUGAUUUAUUUUGACUUUUAUCACACCUAAAUCACAGCCACAUCCAGAUCAUUUAACAACAUGUAUUUAUUUAGUGAAUGCUGCUGUAUGGAGGGUGUCUGAUCCUCUGUUUUUUUUUUGUCUUUGGAGAGGUCAAGCUGAUUGAAUGAUGUGUUCCAUUGUUUGCUCCUCUCCACAAGCACGCAGUGGGCUUGGACCGCUGCCCCUCCUGUGGAGACUGGCCAAGCAGGGUCUGUGACCGGUCCUAAAUCUGUAUUAACCUCAUUAAAGGAAUAAAAAGUGUUAAA